AUGUGUAGUCUGAUGGCGGCCAGGAUCGUUGCGGUGCUCCUCCUCUUCCAGUCUGGGAGGUGGUCUCAAGCAUUCAUCUUGAUACAUCCUGUGCAGCUGGUACCAGAUUACCAUGACAAUUGGAACUGUUGCAAUUGUCGAAAACAAGCUGUAGCCAAAAUUAUGAUACUCGAGGACUGGAUACGCGAUUAUCUUUAUCUGAUGAAUAUGGUGCUUGCCACAUACUCAUGUGAAGAAAACUGUGCUGUCAAGCUGAGCCUGAUCUCGAGCAUGCAGCACAGACUGAGGUUAAAGGGCUUGCUCGAGGAGGCCCGUCGAACUGAACCAAAUCUACCUCCAUGGCCAAAAAUCGGCACCAACCAAUUCAAUAUUGACGAAUACGGAUUCAAGCACUUUUUCCACACCGAAGAGGACGUCUACCUCUACGUGGUUCGACAAUUGCACAAUCACUACAUCCGAUUUCAGUCCCAGGCCAUUAGGCAUAAGGCUCGCUGGGACGCCUUCAAGAUGCUCAACAAACAGGUCCACUUUCGGGUAAGCCCACAGAAAGGUAUCGUCGUUGAGGCAUUUUGCUGUCCGUCUUGCCUCAAAAUCUCAUCAUCAUCAUCAGUAUUCCUAUUUUGUCGGAAUUCCCUUUUGCUGAAGUACCAAAGUGGACCGAACAUUGAGGAUGAUCAGGCGGACACAACUCUGAGCUCUCUACAGGUUGGGGAUUGA